AUAAAAAAACUAAGAUGCAUAAGGUUUCAAAGAGUACAAAAUGUUGUCCUACAUUUGAUAAACUGCCCGAAAACAUAAGUUGUUUUUUGCCGGGUAUAAGCAAGAGUUGGCAACGACUAGUGGGGCGCCACAAAAAUAUGUUCACGAAACGCAAGCGAAUACUGCGGAUGGCUCAGCGAACAAGGUAUAUGAGGGGAAAAUUUAUACCAAAAUGUCCAUGUAAAUAUAAAAAGCCAAUUGAAUUUGUGCGAGAAACACCCAUGCGAACACGCACUGAACAAUUAGCCCUGCCGGGUGUGCGAAAGCUGCUUUUGUUCAAGAAUGGAGUGAAGGAUUUUUUUGAACCUUUAAGAAUAUUGGGGAUAAAUCGUUUAAUACGUCUAAGCCUGUUUUCUGUGUAUAGUCGCUUGAGUAAUAUACAACCGCCUCAGAAAAAAAUUCCAAUACAUAAAUGGGAUGACACUGAAUGGAAGAAUCACACGAAAUAUCUUCAAAAAUUGGCGAAGCCUAAAAAAGAACCCAAACAGCCUAAACUACCAGUUAAAAAAAAGAAACUUGAAGAGAUGGGCCGAAUUAAACAGCUGGCACUACCGAAAACCCGUGAAGAACCACCAAAAGAACCUUGGUUGCUUACUCCAGGAAUGAAAUUUUACAAGCCCACGGAACGAAUACUGAAAAUCGCGCAACCAAAAAUGUUUGAUGAGUCUGCGAUUAUUCAAAGUUUGCCCAUACCGGUUAAUCCUGCUGCUUUAACGCAUAAAGCUACAAAACGUACUAAAGAGUUGGCUACUGCCCGCGAGAAAGGUGUAGCCGAAUCAGACCUCAAGGAGAAUCCUUUCUCAAUAUCACCGAAUGCACUGAAAGCGCGCGCUACUGCACGCAUCAAGGAGUUAGCAGAACCAAAGGAAUUUGACAAUGCUCAUAUUCGGGAAAAUCCAUUCGUAAUCUCUCCGGCUGCACUCAAAGCCAAGGCAUCACCUAGGAUUAUUGAACUGGCACGACCAAAAGGCAGUUAACUUGUUUUAGUUCCUUGUGAAAUU